CCCAAAGCAACUCCGGCAGCAGUCCGAUAUGAAGACCAUUCUGUGCACCCUCGUCGUCCUGGUCGUGCUGGCUGUGGCCAAUGCUGGCUACUACGGCUACGGCCACGGCUACGGUCAUGGAUACGGCCACGGAGGAUACAGCCACGCCAUCACUCACCACUAUGACAACCAGAGAGCACACUACGGAUACGGUGGAUACGGCCACGGCUAUGGUGGAUACGGAGGCUACGGUGGAUACGGUGGAUACGGUGGAUACGGACACGGCUAUGGAGGAUAUGGCGGCUAUGGUGGCUACGGCCACGGCUACUUUGGCUAGGCAACUGAACGUCUAACGGAAAAUCUGAUUAACGGACGACAUGGGCGAGCGCAAUAAACAACUGGUCUUCGAUCACCA